UAAAAUUGAGUGCAUUACAGGAAUAAAGAUAGCAUGAUCCGUAGAAGAGGUUAAUAUUAUUACAUGGCAAUGGGAGUAUUCAUUUGAAUCAUUUCCCUUAAUUUUCACUUUUCCCCUAUAAAAACAGAAUCUUUACGGAUUGAGCUCUUCACUCCAAGAAGAAAGCAGUGGCAGCCAUAGCUCAAGCAUUGACAACUAGAGCUCCAAAGCCAAUCAAGAAUCCGCAUUGCAGUUCCAAGAAUCCAAAGGUUUGGCUCCAAAUGCUUCUACUAGAUUGCAUUGCAGCAAACAGCUCUGCUUCUUGUGCCUCACCUUGUUUUCUUGGCGAAAAGAUGGAGAUUUUGGGCGAAGUUUUUGAAGUGGAAUGGAAGCUGGAUGAGGAUGAGGAUAAAGCUGGGCGUUUUGAGUAUGCGAAUGGAGAGAAGAAGAGCAGUUCGAGCUCUAAUAGUAGCUCUGAAGAUUCAUCCUCACCCUCUUCUGUUGUUUCUGAAGCAACAGAGAAACCAUAUUUGGAUUACAGGAAAUGGGAAAAACAAGGAUCAUCUUCACCAGAGAUUGGGAUGCUUAAGGAUACAUUCUCGAAACUGCUCCUCGGAGAAGAUAUGUCGGGCGGUGGAAAUGGUGUGUCUGCAGCACUGGCUGUUUCAAAUGCGAUUACUAAUCUCUGUGGUAUAUAUGCUGCAAUUCUUGCUCAAUCUGCUUCUGCAUCAUCAUCAUCAUUUCAUCUUGCCUCAUUCGUCGUUUUUUUCUUCCUGCUAGCUGCAAUUUUUGGGAAAAUCUGCAGACUGGAGCCUUUGCCUGCUAAGAAGAAAAUAUCAUGGAAGAGAGAAAUGGAAUGGCAUCUUUGUGUUAGCGAUUACAUUGUGGAGUUGACACCAUCUUGGCAGACAUUCCCCGAUGGGACUGAAAGAGAGGUGAUGGUGUCUAGACCGCGAUCAGAUCUUUAUGUCAACCUCCCAGCUCUUCGCAAACUAGAUAAUAUGAUCCUGGAAAUCAUGGACAGUUUUGAAAAUACCGAGUUCUGGUAUGUGGACCAAGGCGUUUUAGCCCCUGCAGAGAGUGAUGGUUCGAAGGAGAAAUGGUGGUUGCCUGUUCCUCGAGUUCCUACGUGUGGUCUCACUGGAAACGCAAGAAAGGUGUUAAAGCAGACGAGGAACUGCACGAAUCAGAUUCUGAAAGCAGCCAUGGCCAUUAACUGCAGCACUUUAGCUGAAAUGGAAGUCCCAGAAUCAUACUUGGAAGCUCUUGCAAAGAAUGGUUAUGCGAGCUUAGGUGAGGUCAUCAAUGGAUACAACAUCUCGGAUCAAUGUUCGCCUGAAAGUUUGCUUGAUUGCCUCGAUUUGUCUUCUCACAAUCGAGCUCGGGAGAUAGCCAACCAGUUGGAGGCUUCAAUGCACGUGUGGCGCCAGAAAACUCACUCGAAGCUGUCGUGGGAAGGGGUGAAGGAGAUGGUGGUUGAUGCAGAUAAGAGAGAGCUGCUUGCAUACAGGGCUGAAAGCCUUCUCCUCUGCCUCAAACAGCGGUUUCCUGGGCUUCCUCAGACAACAUUAAACAUGACCAAAAUCCAACACAACAAGGAUCUUGGCAAAUCCAUUCUGGAGAGCUAUUCAAGAGCUCUGCAGAGUUUGGCAUUCAACAUCACAGCGCGCAUCAAUGAUCUUCUUUACGUCGAUGACUUGACAAAGCAUUCGGAUCCUUUCAUGCCCGUUUCUCGGAAGAGCACAGGAACACCAAGCUCCUCGCCUUCCCAGGGCUUCAGUGCAUCAAAGGAAGAAGAAAAAUCACAUAUUCAAGAUAACAGCAAGCUUCCUCCCCGCGAUUGUGGAGGGAGGAAGGCUUUGACAGAUUUCUUGAGCAUUGAUUUAAAUGGCAAUCGUGUUGCCAGUAAUGAUCUCAGAAAACCAGUCUCAUUCUCAAGCACAUACCAAGAAAUGUCAGUAACAGAAGAUGAACUCAAUACUUUGAAUUCUUGUAUUUAGUCUUAGUUAUAGCAGGAAAUGUGGGUAUGUGACAUGGUUUCUGACAAGGAACAUUCUACCUUGGUGCAAACAAGAUGUUUUCAUGACCAAACCUUAAAAGUAUAGUCUCAAAAUUGGGUCUUU